GGCAGGACGGGCUGACUGGGCGGUCACGUCUCUUCCCGCAGGGCUUCCUGAGGCCACCGGGAAGAGUCCCCAACCAAUCCCGGGAUUCUCCCUUGGUGCAGUUGUCCAGGACCUUAGAGAAUCAAAGCAGAUCGUGUGGAGGAAGCUGAGAUGCCCUGUAUCCAAGCCCAGUAUGGGACACCAGCACCAAGCCCAGGACCCCGUGACCACCUGACAAGCGACCCCCUGACCCCCGAGCUCAGCAAGCCCACCAUGGACCUGGCCAGCCCUGAGGCGGCCCCCGCUGUCCCCACUGCCUUGCCCAGCUUCAGCACCUUCAUGGACGGCUACACAGGGGAGUUUGACACCUUUCUCUACCAGCUGCCGGGAACAGCCCAGCCGUGCUCCUCGGCCUCCUCCUCGGCCUCCUCCACAUCCUCAUCGUCAGCCACCUCCCCUGCCUCUGCUUCAUUCAAGUUUGAGGACUUCCAGGUGUACGGCUGCUACCCCGGCACCCUGAGCGGCCCUCUCGAUGAGACCCUGUCCUCCAGCGGCUCUGACUACUAUGGUAGUCCCUGCUCAGCCCCAUCACCGUCCACGCCCAGCUUCCAGCCGCCCCAGCUCUCUCCCUGGGACGGCUCCUUUGGCCCCUUCUCGCCCAGCCAGACUUACGAAGGCAUGCGGGCAUGGACAGAGCAGCUGCCCAAGGCUUCUGGGCCCCCCCAGCCGCCGACCUUCUUUUCCUUUAGCCCUCCCACCGGCCCCAGUCCCAGCCUGGCCCAAAGCCCCCUGAAGCUGUUCCCCUCGCAAGCUGCCCACCAGCUGGGGGAGGGAGAGAGCUAUUCCAUGCCAACAGCGUUCCCAGGCCUGGUGCCCGCUUCUUCACACCUUGAUGGCUUGGGGAUGGUGGAUGCGCCCGUGACCUCAGCCAAGGCCCGGAGUGGGGCUCCGGGUGGAAGCGAGGGCCGCUGUGCUGUGUGUGGGGACAACGCCUCUUGCCAGCAUUAUGGUGUCCGCACCUGCGAGGGCUGCAAGGGCUUCUUCAAGCGCACAGUGCAGAAAAAUGCCAAGUACAUCUGCCUGGCUAACAAGGACUGCCCUGUGGACAAGAGACGGCGAAACCGCUGCCAGUUCUGUCGCUUCCAGAAGUGCCUGGCUGUGGGCAUGGUGAAGGAAGUUGUCCGGACAGACAGCCUGAAGGGGCGGCGGGGUCGGCUCCCUUCAAAGCCCAAGCAGCCCCCGGAUGCCUCCCCUGCGAAUCUCCUCACCUCCCUGGUCCGGGCACACCUGGACUCAGGGCCCAGCACUUCCAAACUGGACUACUCCAAGUUCCAGGAGCUGGUGCUGCCCCACUUCGGGAAGGAGGAUGCCGGGGACGUGCAGCAGUUCUACAACCUGCUUUCGGGUUCCCUGGAGGUUAUCCGCAAGUGGGCUGAGAAGAUCCCCGGCUUUGCCGAGCUGUCCCCCGGGGACCAGGACUUGCUGCUGGAGUCGGCCUUCCUGGAGCUCUUCAUCCUCCGCCUGGCCUACCGGUCUAAGCCGGCUGAGGGGAAGCUCAUCUUCUGCUCGGGCCUGGUGCUGCACCGGCUGCAGUGUGCCCGCGGCUUCGGGGACUGGAUCGACAGCAUCCUGGCCUUCUCUCGCUCCCUGCACAGCUUGGUCGUCGAUGUCCCUGCCUUUGCCUGCCUCUCUGCGCUCGUCCUCAUCACAGACCGGCACGGGCUGCAGGAGCCUUGCAGGGUAGAGGAGCUGCAGAACCGCAUUGCCAGCUGCCUGAAGGAGCACGUCUCGGCCGAGGCAGGCGAGCCUCAGCCGGCCAGCUGCCUGUCACGCCUGCUGGGCAAGCUGCCUGAGCUGCGGACCCUGUGCACCCAGGGCCUGCAGCGCAUCUUCUACCUCAAGCUGGAGGACUUGGUGCCCCCUCCGCCCAUCGUCGAGAAGAUCUUUAUGGACACGCUGCCCUUCUGACCCCAGCCCGGGAGCACGUGUGCACUCUGUGCGCAUGCUCAUACGCCACCCCACGUGCCUUUAGCCCACGGCCCACGGACCCCUGGAGCACCACCCCUCAGCUUGGGCCUGAGCUGCAGACUGGCUGCCCCUCCCCGCCACCUGCUCUGGGAGGUCGGCAGGGAGUUCAUGCCCUGGGGGAGGGGGGGAUGCAUUCACAGGGGUGACCCUUACUAUUUGUCUUACCCCCCAGCCCAGCCCUGGUCUUCAUGUUUUUGUAAGAUAAAACCGUUUUUAACACACACACCGCCAUGCUGUAAAUAAGCCGAAUGCUGCUGUAAAUACAGGAAGGAAGAGGUUGAGGUGGGAGUGGGGUUUGGGAGGGAGGGACGGGCCCCCACCAUCCUCCUCCUACUUGCUCUCUCUUCCCGCCCUCCUUCCACGUGUACAUAGACUCACUCUAGGAGGAAGACAAGUGACAGAUUCUGACAUUUAUAUUUGUGUAUUUUCUUGGAUUUAUAGUAUGUGACUUUUCUGAUUAAUAUAUUUAAUAUAUUGAAUAAAAAAUAGACAUGUAGCUGAA